GUCUGCCUUGGCUGCUCUGGAAAGACCAUGCCAGUCUGAUGUGGUGGAGAGGAGCAGCAGGAGGAGGAACCCGAGGAUGAGGCUGGAGCAGUCCCUGCCCCUCCUGGGGCUCCUGCUGUGUGCAGUUGGCAUCCCAGCUCAGGAGGAUGAAGAACGGGAGGGGGAGUUCCUGGUGGAGAUUUCGGGCACCACGGUGACAAUCACGUGUCCCUUUGAGGACGAGGGGAUCCGAUGGGAGCUGUCUGGGAAAGCAGAUGACACCAGCGAGAGGAAACUCGUUAUAAAGGACCACGACAGCACUCCUGCCAACCUGAGCUGCAGCAGUGGCAGCAAGAAACGCCAGCUGUACCUGAACGCCAGAGUGUGCGCCAACUGCGAGGAGCUGGACGCGCUGACGGUGGCAGGGAUCAUCUGUGCAGACCUCCUCAUCACCCUGGGCGUGCUGAUCCUGGUCUACUACUGCAGCAAAAACAGGAAGGGACGAGCCAGCGCCGCUGGGGACCGGCGGCCACGAGGUCACAAGGCGCAGCGUCCUCCGCCCGUGCCAAACCCGGACUAUGAGCCCAUCCGCAAAGGCCAGCGGGAGGUGUACGCAGGCCUGGAACACAGGGGCUUCUGAAACUCCUGGGGAUGACAGGCUGGAAGCAGCAGCACUGGGGCUAAACGCUUCUGCACAGCUUGUUCCCAGCUCUGCUGAGGCUCUGGCAUUUUGGGACAAGCCACAGGACGGGGAUGCACCGUCCCACCCUGGGGUGUGCUUGGGUUUGCCAUCAGGGAGCAGAAAUGGGCACAU